GCUAUAGUAGCAAAUUGCUGCGGGGUUGGGAGUGAGGUUUGGUGACUGCUUCGACCACCAGAAACCUCAGGUUUGGACUCUCCACUUCCCGGAACUUAAGUCUGGAUAGCCGUUAACCAAUCUUCAACCCCAUUCUCCGCCGCAACCACCCACCGGAAUUAAAAAAAAAAUGAGCACUAGGGUUCCGGUGCAGCAACAACAACAACACUACAAUCUCAACUCUCCCUCUUCCUUCAUCGACAGCCCCCUCCAUGUCCUCAACGCCGUCGACGCCAGAACCACCGCCACCACCACCAUCCAUGACCACGACGCCGUCGUGAGUUCCCCCCACCCACCACUUUCCCCCAAUUUUCAUAUUCAUUUUGAUUCAUUUCAAGUUUUGACUUUUUUUUCCCAGGAUUGUAUGAAUGAUUCCUGUUUGCCGCUUCACGAUGUCAAGGUCGAUGACGAUCGCUCUAGUCUCGAGACCAACGACUCUUCCAGGGGUAUCUAUGAUAGCUUAACCGUUGAGGAUGUUUCGCCGAUUGAGUCAGCGAGGGCGAGGUUUCUACAAAUUGUGGUGGAUCAUUUCAUUGAUGACCGUGUGAUUGAGGUGCCUGAAUCGGAGGGUGAUUACGUGGUUGGUGGUGGUGGUCAGGACAAGAUGAGCAAGAGGAGGGUGAGGGAGGUUCAGUAUGAAGGGGACCCGAGUUUCGCGCUGCCUUUGAUGUAUGUGGCGAAUUUGUAUGAGAGUUUAGUUAAUGAUGUUAAUAUUAGGCUUGCAUCUUUGAAUGGUAUUCGCGAGAAGUCGAUCGGGGUUGCCCUGGAAGCUGCUGGUGGAUUGUAUAGAAGACUGGCUAAGAAAUUUCCUAAAAAAGGACCUUGUACAUAUAAGAGGAGAGAAUUGGCAACUUCCAUGGAAACAAGGACGAGGUUUCCAGAACUAGUUAUACAAGAAGAGAAGCGUGUUCGCUUUGUGGUAGUUAAUGGAUUAAAAAUUGUUGAAAAGCCAAAUUCCGUGCCAAUUGAUGACGCUGAAUGGUUUAAGAGAUUGACAGGUCGGAAUGAAGUAGCUAUCUCAGAUGCUGAUUACAAAUUUUACUCUCCAAGACACAAGUAUAGACGUGGGACAUCAAUUUCACUUGCCAAUAUCCCUGAUAUCCCUGUAACGAAUUAUCCUGGAGCAGACAAUUCUACAUCAUUAGCUACUACGCAAGGAUUUCGCUCACCGCAAACCCCAUGCAAACAUCACUUGCAAUCGUUGCCACAUCAACCUCAGUUUCACCCAGUUCUCCAGAACAAUCAAACUAUGCACCAAAGUCAGCAUGCAGGGCCCUAUUCGCAUAACCAUCAAGAUGCCCCCCCUUCACACCUAUCUGAAAUUUCUCAUGCUCACCAGCCAACAAUAUCUCCACACAUGUCUUGCUUACAACAACUCACAGGUGGCCAUGUUGGAGGACGCAUGCACAUGCUGCCAGCAACUCCUGCGAAGUUUUGUGAUGAAUGUGGCGCUCCAUAUUUAAGGGAAACAUCUAAAUUCUGCUCCGAAUGUGGUUCAAAGAGAUUAGGUAUAUGACAGGGUUGGACAAGUUUAACUAGUCCAUCUCCAUAUCGCGUUUUGCCCCAUCAUUCUUUGAUCACAGGCAGUGUUGUUGAUGGCGGAUGGCAGACUAUGGUGAGAGGUAAAAUCCCACUAUAUUUGACAAAUAAUGAUAGCGGAUGGCAGAUAUUAGCCAUGGCAGAAAACCAAAACUCCGCCAUAGAGGCACCGAUCUUUGAUAACACUGAUCAUAGGUGCAUUCAAAGUUUUAGUAAUAUCACUAGUUUUGGGUAGUGUUUUUAAGUUUUGAGAAAUUUAUUUAGCCUAAUACGUAGAAAUGAGUGCAGUUUUCCCUAGAAAAGUGUGUGGCCUGUGUAAAUAUUUUGUAGAUAAUAUCUAUUCAGUUUGCUCUUGUGAGUGAACCAGAAUACAGAACUUCAUGAAGUUGAAAGCCUAUUUUACUAAUUAACUAAUGGGGCGUGGUAAAAUCCACAUAUUGGGAUAAGGUUUUACCACAUGGUGGGAUCAGGCUUUUAUUGUUGUUGUUGGUGGUGUGGUAAAAUCUUGAUCUAUGUAUUUCUGGAUAGAUUGUAGAUUGAAAUGUAAGAUUUUGUACAAACAAGUAGCUUGAGUUUCAUCCA